UCAAAAUUUGAGUACUAGAUUUUUCAUCCCUCGGUUCUUUUAGUACAAAAUUAAACAAAACUAAACUGUCCGUACAACAAUGGCGGCCAUUGACGAGGAGAAGACUCUCCAAGAGGAGCUCUCGCUUCCGAUCCUCCUCGCCGAUCGCGUCAUCAAGUCUGCUCAGGAGGCCGAGUCCUCCAAGCAGGACUGCUCCGAGCUCGCGAAACAGGUCGACCGCCUCUCCCAGAUGCUCCGCUCCGCCGUCAGGAUCGCCUCCGCUGCCCCCUCCGUCUACGAGCGUCCCGUCCGCCGAAUCGUCGCCGACGUUAUGAAGAACCUCGAGCGUGCUCUUACUCUCGUCCGCAAGUGCAAGCACAGCGGCGUCCUCCGCCAGGUGUUCUCCAUCACCACCACUGCCGACUUCCGCAAGGUCUCGAACCUUCUGGAAUCUUCCAUCGGCGACAUGAAGUGGCUCCUCUCGAUUUUCGACGCCGACGGCGGCAACCUCUCCCUCCCUCCGAUCGCCAGCAACGACCCGAUCAUGUCAUGGGUCUGGUCCUCCAUCGCCACCGUCCAGAUGGGCCAAAUUAAGGCCAGGAUGGACGCCGCCAACGAGCUCGCCUCCCUCGCCCGCGACAACGACCGGAACAAGAAGAUCAUCGUCGACGAGGGCGGAAUUAUGCCGCUCCUCAAGCUUCUCAAGGAAGGCUCCUCCCCCGAUGCCCAAAUCGCAGCCGCCAACGCGCUCUUCAACGUCGCCACCGACCUCGAGAGAGUCCGAUUCGUCGUCGAAGCCCUAGGGAUCCCGAUCAUCGUCCAGGUCCUCAAUGACUCGCCGAUUAGGGUUCAGGUCUCGGUGGUGAAACUUGUCUCGAGAAUGGCGGAGCUCGAUUCCGACGCUCAGGAGGAGUUCGCCAGAGAGAACGUGAUAAGACCGCUCGUGUCGUUGCUCUCUAUAGACACGGUUCUCCAUGACCCGCAGCUUCACUCCGGUGGUAAGACUAGCAUUCACUCGAUUGUUCAGAUUAAUAAGGAAUUAGCUGGUAAACCACUGAAUUCUCAUGGAAAUUCUUCAACUUUGAUGACGAAUUCGUCGUUCUCUUCUCAUCACCAUUCCGAUGGGAGUAGUCGUGGCGGCAGCCAUUAUAGGAAGGAUAGAGAGGUUGAAACUCCUGAAAUAAAACUUAAUCUUAAAGUAGGUUGUGCUGAGGCUCUGUGGAAGCUCUGUAAAGAUAGUUUAACUAAUAGUCGAAAAGUUACGGAGACCAAAGGGAUGAUUUGUUUGGCUAAGAUUAUAGAGAAGGAGGAAGGGGAUUUGCAGUAUAAUUGCUUAAUCGCAGUGAUGGAGAUAGCGGCCGCAGCCGAGACAAGCUCCGACCUUAGACGAGCGGCUUUUAAGACCAAUUCUCCAGCUGCAAAGGCUGUUUUGGAUCAGCUUCUGAGAGUCAUUCAAGAGGAGAGUAGUCCGGCAUUGCAAAUUGCUGCCAUUAAGUCAAUUGGGUGCUUGGCUCGGACUUUUCCUGCGAGGGAGACGCGAAUUGUUGGUCCCUUGGUGUCACGUCUCAGCGAUAGGAAUGUUAAUGUGGCUGCGGAGGCUGCUACUGCUUUGGCGAAGUUUGUGUCUCCAGAGAAUUUCAACCGCGUGGAGCACUCAAAGGCUAUUAUUGAAUUUGAGGGCGUUCCUCCGUUGAUGAGAUUGCUUAAGCCUGAUAGCGGGGCCCAAGUUCAGGCCAUGAAACUGCUGUGUUACCUUGCAUUGCACGUUGGCAAUAGCAAGGCUCUUGAACAAGCCCGCGCCUUGAGUGCUCUCGAGGGGGCUCGUUCGGUUGCAGCUCAAAAUGCUGAGCUGAGGGAGUUGUUCCCCAAAGCCAUCCACCACCUUGCUCUUUAUCAGGCUGGAGCUCAUCCCCACUGGCAAUCAUAUGCAACAUGAGUUCUGCAGUUUUGAUAAUCAGAAUAAUUCUCGUCAAACGUCCCGUGGUUAAUGGUUACACUAUGCCAUAAUCAUGUUGGUUGCAAAGAGGAAAUAUGCUACCAAGAAAAAUCGAAGAAACAAAGGAGGAAGAACAGGAAACCAAAAGUUGACUUGAUUGUGGGGCUGUGAAGAGAAGAACAGGGAUGUUGAACUAAGAUUUUGCCGUGUACCAUUUGAAACUCCAGACAGAAAAAAAAAAAAAAAAAAAAAAAAGUUGCCUCUAUCAUAGGCAGUUUUAUGUGCCGUUUGUCAGCAGAAGAAUUGAAAUUGUUUGACAGUCGACUGAAUAAUUCUGCAGACAACAUACUGGGUGAUAGAUAGGUUGGGUACAUAUGAGGGUCUUGCCCAAUUUUCUGUUACCGGUUAAUAUGUGAUCGUGUAUGAUACAGAUACAUAUUAUGUAUUUAUGUAUGUAUUUUAUGUAUAGCCGUUAUAGAUUAGUGGCCAUAGUAUAGCAGAUUAAGGCACACUAACAUGUUGGGCUUUAUUCAUUCUAUGGAGCAAUUAUGUUUACAACAACACAAGACGAGUAGCAAAU